AUGCCGCGGUGGCAGCAAUGGUCACCGCGACCCACGUCGGGGAAAAACGGAGGCGGGCGGGCACCCACCUCCUGCCGGCGACCCCUUCCGCGCCGCCCGCCCCCCGCCCCCGCCCCCAAGAAGGACAAACCGGCCGGGAAGCCGGCGAAACCGGCCGCGCCCGCCCCCGCCCCCAAGCCGGCUCCCGUGCGCAAGGAGAAGCAGCUCGCAAGAAGGAAGAAGGGGGAAGACCUGCCACCGCCACCGCCACCGGCGAGCACGCCCGGUCCAACGCCGCCAACCGCCACCGCCACCGAGGAGCUCAUGGCCGAGGAGAAGGAGCACAUGAUGAUGUCUAAAAAGGACAUGGAUGAAAAGCAAUUGGAGUGGUGGAAGGAGUACAAGGAGAACAUCGCCGAGAGGAAGAGGCUGCUGCGUGGUGCGUCGUCUACUCUCCGAGGUGAGUCUCCGAUGAGUGGUGGAGGUGAUGGAGUUGUGGACAACUUCACCGAUGCUUGA